AUCACUAAUCCGGAGCAUGAGUCCUAAUGAUCAAAUAAUUGAGAUCGAAAGAGCAAAAUAUGGCACAGUAUUGAGAGAUGUUUUUCAAAUAUCAGGGAUUUUCAUCUGGACUCCCAUCUACAAGGAGGACUCAGAUGG